UAAUAGGCGCCUGCUGGGCGCCGGCUCUGGUGGACUAGAAACUACAAUUCCCGGCGGGCCAAGAGACGUGCCCGGCUGUAGUUAGUUGUGAGCCGGGAGAUUGCCUCAGCAGGUGUGAAGCGUGUGCUUUAGUGUCGUGGGAGGCCGGCUUCCUCAAGAGGGAGGGGAAAGGUUGUAACCACUCCUUUGAGGGGGUCGUCGGAGUCACUGUCGUGGAUUUGUAGAGUCUGCUGGGCGGCGCCAUGGCGGAAAGAAAAGGAACAGCUAAAGUGGACUUUUUGAAGAAAAUUGAGAAAGAAAUCCAACAGAAAUGGGAUACUGAGAAAGUGUUUGAAGUCGAUGCAUCUAAUUUGGAAAAGCAGACUAGCAAGGGCAAGUACUUUGUAACCUUCCCUUUUCCAUAUAUGAAUGGGCGCCUUCAUUUGGGACACACAUUUUCUUUAUCCAAAUGUGAGUUUGCAGUAGGGUACCAGCGAUUGAAAGGAAAAAGUUGUCUGUUUCCCUUUGGCUUGCACUGUACUGGAAUGCCUAUUAAGGCUUGUGCUGAUAAGUUGAAAAGAGAAAUAGAGCUGUAUGGUUGCCCCCCUGAUUUUCCAGAUGAAGAAGAGGAAGAGGAAGAAAUCAAUGUUAAAACAGAAGAUAUAAUAAUUAAGGAUAAAGCUAAAGGAAAAAAGAGUAAAGCUACUGCUAAAGCUGGAUCUUCUAAAUACCAGUGGAGCAUUAUGAAAUCCCUUGGCUUGUCUGAAGAAGAGAUAGUAAAAUUUUCUGAAGCAGAACAUUGGCUUGAUUAUUUUCCACCACUGGCUAUUCAGGAUCUAAAGAGAAUGGGUUUGAAGGUAGACUGGCGUCGUUCCUUCAUUACCACUGAUGUUAAUCCUUACUAUGAUUCUUUUGUUAGAUGGCAGUUUUUAACAUUAAGAGAAAGAAACAAAAUUAAAUUUGGGAAGCGGUAUACCAUUUAUUCUCCAAAAGAUGGACAGCCUUGCAUGGAUCAUGACAGACAAACUGGAGAGGGUGUUGGACCUCAGGAAUAUACUUUAAUCAAAUUGAAAGUGCUUGAGCCGUACCCAUUCAAAUUAAGUGGCCUGAAAGGUAAAAAUAUUUUUUUGGUAGCUGCUACUCUCAGACCUGAGACCAUGUUUGGACAGACAAACUGUUGGGUGCGUCCUGAUAUGAAGUACAUUGGAUUUGAGACGGUGAAUGAUGAUAUAUUCAUCUGUACCCAAAGAUCAGCCAGGAAUAUGUCAUACCAGGGCUUUACCAAAGACAAUGGUGUGGUGCCUGUUGUUAAGGAAUUAAUGGGGGAGGAAAUUCUUGGUGCAUCACUUUCUGCACCUUUAACGUCGUAUAAAGUGAUCUAUGUUCUCCCAAUGCUAACCAUUAAGGAAGAUAAAGGCACUGGUGUGGUCACAAGUGUUCCUUCUGACUCCCCUGAUGAUUUUGCUGCCCUCCGAGACUUGAAGAAAAAGCAAGCAUUACGAGCAAAGUAUGGAAUUAGAGAUGACAUGGUCCUGCCAUUUGAGCCAGUAUCAGUCAUUGAAAUCCCAGGUUUUGGAAAUCUUUCUGCUGUAACCGUUUGUGAUGAGUUGAAAAUUCAGAGCCAGAAUGACCGAGAAAAACUUGCAGAAGCAAAGGAGAAGUUAUAUUUAAAAGGAUUUUAUGAUGGUAUAAUGUUGGUGGAUGGAUUUAAAGGACAGAAGGUCCAAGAUGUAAAGAAGGCUAUUCAGAAAAAGAUGAUCGACACUGGAGAUGCACUUAUUUACAUGGAACCAGAGAAACAAGUGAUGUCCCGGUCUUCAGAUGAAUGUGUCGUGGCUCUUUGUGACCAGUGGUACUUGGAUUAUGGAGAAGAGAACUGGAAGAAACAGACAUCUCAGUGCCUGAAGAACUUGGAAACAUUCUGCGAGGAAACCAGGAGGAAUUUUGAAGCUACCUUAGAUUGGCUACAAGAACAUGCUUGCUCAAGAACUUAUGGUCUAGGCACUCGCCUGCCUUGGGAUGAGCAGUGGCUGAUUGAAUCACUUUCCGAUUCCACUAUUUACAUGGCAUUUUACACAGUUGCACACCUGUUGCAGGGGGGUAACUUGCAUGGACAGGCAGAGUCUCCACUGGGCAUCAGACCACAACAGAUGACCAAGGAAGUUUGGGAUUAUGUUUUCUUCAAGGAGGCUCCAUUUCCUAAGACUCAGAUCCCAAAGGAAAAGUUAGAUCAGUUAAAGCAGGAGUUUGAGUUCUGGUAUCCUGUGGAUCUUCGAGCCUCUGGCAAGGAUCUUGUUCCAAAUCAUCUUUCAUAUUACCUUUAUAAUCAUGUGGCUAUGUGGCCGGAACAAAGUAACCCGUCCAUCCCCUUCCCUCUUUACCCAGACAUGUCUCUGCUUUUCCCUCUAGUCCCUCAAAUGUCAAAAUCCACAGGCAACUUCCUCACUUUGUUCCAAGCUCUUGACAAAUUUUCAGCCGAUGGAAUGCGCUUGGCUCUAGCUGAUGCUGGUGACACUGUUGAAGAUGCCAACUUUGUGGAAACCAUGGCAGAUGCAGGUAUUCUCCGUCUGUACACCUGGGUGGAAUGGGUGAAAGAAAUGCUUGCCAACUGGAACAGCCUAAGAAGUGGUCCUGCCAACACUUUCAAUGAUAGAGUUUUUGCCAGUGAAAUGAAUGCAGGAAUUAUAAAAACAGAUCAAAACUAUGAAAAGAUGAUGUUUAAAGAAGCUUUGAAAACAGGAUUUUUUGAGUUUCAGGCAGCAAAAGAUAAGUACCGUGAAUUGGCCAUAGAAGGGAUGCACAGAGAACUUGUGUUCCAGUUUAUUGAAGUUCAGACACUUCUCUUGGCUCCAUUCUGUCCACAUGUGUGUGAGCAUGUCUGGACACUCCUGGGAAAGCCUGAUUCAAUUAUGAAUGCUUCAUGGCCUGUGGCAGGUCCUGUGGAUGAAGCCUUGAUACGUUCUUCACAGUAUCUCAUGGAGGUAGCACAUGACCUUAGACUACGACUCAAGAACUAUAUGAUGCCAGCUAAAGGGAAGAAGACUGACAAACAACCACCUCAGAAGCCCUCACAUUGCACCAUCUAUGUGGCGAAGAACUAUCCACCUUGGCAACAUACCACCCUGUCAGUUCUACGCAACCACUUUGAGGCCAACAGUGGAAAAUUGCCUGAUAACAAAGUCAUUGCCAGUGAACUAGGCAGUUUGCCAGAAUUGAAGAAAUAUAUGAAAAAAGUGAUGCCAUUUGUUGCCAUGAUUAAGGAAAAUCUGGAGAAGAUGGGGCCUCAUGUUCUGGAUUUGCAAUUAGAAUUUGAUGAACAGGCAGUGCUUAUGGAGAAUAUAGUCUACCUGACUAAUUCCCUUGAGCUAGAACACAUAGAAGUCAAGUUUGCCUCUGAAGCAGAAGAUAAAGUCAAGGAAGACUGUUGUCCUGGGAAACCACUUAAUGUUUUUAGAACAGAACCUGGUGUGUCAGUUUCCCUAGUGAAUCCCCAGCCAUCCAAUGGCCACUUUUCAGCCAAAAUUGAAAUCAGGCAAGGAGAUAACUGUGAUUCCAUAAUUAGGCGUUUAAUGAAAAUGGACCGAGGAAUCAAAGACCUUUCCAAAGUGAAACUGAUGAGAUUUGAUGAUCCACUGUUGGGACCUCGACGAGUUCCCGUCCUGGGAAAAGAGCACACUGAGAAGACCCCUAUUUCUGAACAUGCUGUUUUCGAUGUGGACCUCAUGAGCAAGAAAAUUCAUCUCACUGAAAAUGGGCUACGGGCAGAUAUUGGUGAUACAAUUAUCUAUCUGGUUCAUUAAACUCAUGCAAAUUAGAGAUUUAUUCUGGUUUUUGGUGAUACUGUUACUCCUCUGAUUGGUCCUACUGACUUGCUAUGAGAACCUUAGGCUGGACCAAAUAGAUUUUAUGUCUAACCAUUAAAUUCUGCAUGUAACCACAAUUAUACCAAGUUAUCUUUAAUUCCCAGACCUAAUAAAUUUUUUUCUCCUU